AAUGGGUUAUAUAUUGAUAUAUAAACUUUCUUUGCAGCCAUGUGAGCCAAGUAUUAAGACUUUUCAUCAAAAAGUCUGUUCUCAAUAUGAUGGAAACACUUUCAACAGGACUGAUGUUAAGCCAAACGUCAAAUGGCAAGCAAAACUACCCGUUGUCGAGUGCAUUAUAAAAUGCUAUCCAGAAGGGAAUUUCGAUAAGUUACCUAUUCUUAUCGAUGCAGAUGAUGGUAUACCAUGCAAAAGAAAUGACCCAAUAAGAUCGUAUGGUAAAUGUGUGCAGAAGAAAUGCGAACCUUUCGGCUGUGAUGGUAAAUUUAAUUCAAAGAAGGCCUAUGAUCAAUGUGGAGUUUGUGGUGGAAAUAAUGAUACUUGCGAAUGGAGGACUGGAAUGUUUAAAGAUUAUGUAAGAGAUUACCAGAUGGUUACUAUUAUACCAGUGGCUGCUAAGAGUGUUAGGGUAGAGUUAAAGAAUCCCAAUCCACCUGGCCAUUGUCCUUUUUUGUAUUUGGGAGUUAAAAAAUUAGACGCAACAGCUGAAAAUAGAGAUAUGUUAAAUAUGGGCUAUCUAAUAUCAUCAAAGGAAAAAAAUGUUCCUUUAGGUCCCCACGCAUACUUACGCUACAAUAGAUCAUGUAAUGAUAUAGCUGAAACUAUAGAUGUUGUGGAAGGUUCCGUUCCGGAAUCUCUUGAAAUAUACGUUUUGGGUUAUUUGGGCGAAAAGGCAACAGUAAAUUAUAAAAUGAUCGAACCUAAAGAGUUAACAUACGCCUGGGGACACGAACCUGAGUGGUCUAAUUGCUCUGAUCUAUGUAGGGGUAUUCAAAGUAAAAGAGCCAUCUGCAUUCUUACCGAUACCAAGACAAGAGCCGCCGAAAAUUAUUGCCUAAAUAAAGAUUUAAAAAAGCCACCAAAUAAAAUUAGAGAAUGUAACAAUAGAAAUUGUAAGGUUAAAUGGAGAAGACUUAGGAAUGACCGGUCAAUCUGCUCUGCAGCUUUUGGGCUAGGUGAAAGAAGAUUAAGAUUCGAGUGUGUCGCUAUGUCGAAUAAUUCACCUGUGCAAUUACUACCAAAUGAUAUCUGUUUCAAAGAAUUAGGUGAACAUCAAAGACACGAAUCAUGUUUCUCAAAGUGCUCAUGGCAAAGUUCAGAAUGGUCUACAUGUAAACAGGAAACGUGUAAAAGAGAGAGAAAUAUCUGGUGCGAAAGAAAAAUUUGUAGCUGCAAUUCAGCUUGCGACACAAAGCGAAAUUCUACAGAGUGUACUGCGAAUAUGUGUACGAAACAAUGUAUCAGAACCGAGACUAAAGAUCACAAUUGCUAUGAUUUUCAUAAGCCUAAGACACAAAUAUCUUGUAGAGCUAGAGAGUGCAAAAAUAAGGAGCAAGGUAGAUGGAAGACGCUUUCUUGGUCGUCUUGCAGUGUUACCUGUGGUAUCGGUUUUAGAAGAAGAUAUAUAUUAUGUCAGGAUAUGGGCGGAAGACGUAGACCUGAUAGAUUUUGCAGAGCUAUGCCUAGACCAGAAGAUAAAAUGGAAUGCGAAGAAUCCCUUUGUGCCCAUUGGUCCGUGAGCGAUUGGGGAGAGUGCGAUUCACCUUGUGGUUCGGGAAAAGCAAGAAGGGACGUUUCUUGUAGAUAUGAUGAUGGUUCGUGGGCGCCCCAUGAUAUGUGUAUUGUGGAAAGGGAGCCCUCGUCAGAAAAAAGUUGCGAUAGAGGCCUAUGUGGUCAGUGGAGAGCUGGGGCGUGGUCAGCUUGCAAUGCAAAUGAUUGUGAUGAAGAGGGUACUCAAACACGAGAAGUCAAAUGCACUGGGGGCGUAGGAUGCGCAGGGCUGAUGCCAAUAUCUGAAAGACAUUGCAUUAAAAAGUGUGAUGACGAAUGGCUGAUUGGGGAGUGGUCAGAAUGUUCUAGCAGCUGUGGAACAGCGUAUAAAACAAGGAAAGUUUCCUGUCCCGGAACAUGUUUGAAGGAAAAGCCUGCUGAAAAAUCCCCUUGCCACUUUGGUCCUUGUCCCAUUUGGACUACAUCAGAUUUUUCUGAUUGUUCCACAACUUGUGGCAAAGGGUAUCAAUACAGGACAAUCUCCUGCAGGAAUCCACAUAAUGGUCAGAUCCUAGAGAACAAUUUAUGUGCUGAUGAAGAGAAACCAUAUCCGCGAACUGCAUGUUUCCGACCAUGUAGACACUACAGACGGAAUAGACAGAGAUCGAAAGCCAAAUGGAAAGCGUCAUCUUUCUCUUCGUGCAGUCAUUCUUGCGGUAUGGGAAUACAAAUCAGAGCCAUUCAUUGUGUUCGAAAUAGGAAAAAUGUGGAUUUGAGAUUAUGUAAAGAAAGUGAAAAGCCCGUAACAUACGCCUAUUGUCACCUGAGGAGAUGCUUUCAGUAA